UAACACUGAACUUGUGAUUAUAAUAAGUUUUAUGAGGACCAGCUUUGCGGGGAACCUUGUUUACUCAGCGCAGGUGGAUAUGACGUCACGGACUUGGAACAUCAAAACAAAAACACGCAAAUCCGCGUUUCUUCUUUUUUUUCCUUCUCCUGUCUUCCUCCUCUUCUUCUUCUGUUUCUCCCCUCGGCGCGUUAAAAUCUAAUAACAACAAUAAGACAGGAGCUCGCGCCUUCCCCGACGAGGCGGACAGGCAGGCGGCGAGAGCGAAACUCCACGGUGUGCACGGUCUCGACGCCCUCGGACAUCAUGGACAGGAAGUGGCGUUAGGAGCAAUCUGAAGUCACUGGUGAAAGUUGGCGACAUCAGAACUGACUGUGAGUUGAACUCUGACUGGAGGAAUGAAGUACCACCCCACUCUGCACAAGUGAUCAGGCCAGGAGACUUCAGUGGUGACAUCCUGUGGAGCCACAGAUUAAAGGUGAGGAGGUUGUUUCACCACCGCUGGAACUGGAGAUUGCUUUGAAUAAGUCCUUGUAGAAGGUUUUUAAGUCAUGAUGCAAGAAUCUGGGACCGAGGUGACAAGCAAYGGACCAGCCAAUCAGAGCGGAGCUGCAAACGGGGAAGGCGUGCCCAGGGAGGGUCGGCCCAAAAGUGCCACGCCAUCAGUGGAUGUGACCGCUGUGGAUCUCCUGAAUCUCCAGCAGCACCAGGCGCUCCAAGUGGCUCGGCAAAUUCUUCUCCAACAGCAGCAGCAACAUCAGCAGCAGCAGUCUCAACAAAACCUGGGCCGUAAAUCCCCCAAAGCAAGCGAAAAGCAGCAGAGCCUGCAGGUUCCAGUGUCAGUGGCUAUGAUGACACCUCAAGUGAUAACUCCGCAACAAAUGCAGCAGAUUCUUCAGCAGCAGGUCCUGAGCCCUCAGCAGCUCCAGGUGCUUCUCCAGCAGCAACAGGCCCUCAUGUUACAGCAGCAGCAACUUCAAGAGUUCUACAAGAAGCAGCAGGAAACGCUCCACCUCCAGCUCCUCCAGCAGCAGCAGCAACAUGCAGGCAGCAAGCAGAGCAAAGAGCAGGUUUCAGCCCAGCAGUUGGCUUUCCAGCAGCAGCUCCUGCAGGUCCAGCAGGCCCAGCAGCAACACCUGCUCAACCUUCAGAGGCAAGGGCUCCUCACCAUCCAGCCAGGACAGACCAGCCUGCCGCUGCACUCGCUCACUCAGGGCAUGAUUCCAGCAGAGCUGCAACAGCUGUGGAAGGAGGUGACGAACGCUCAUGUGAAGGAGGAGCACAACCACAGCAGCAACAACGGCCACCGGGGCCUCGACCUGUCCUCCCCGGCACCGCCAAAGAACGCCAUCAUCAACCAGCAUGCUUCCACCAAYGGCCAGUAUAUGAGUCACAAAAGAGAAGUAUCGACGCUGGAAGAGCCUUCCCACAACAGUCACCCUCUUUACGGCCACGGUGUCUGCAAGUGGCCUGGGUGUGAAGCGGUCUUUGAUGAUUUCCAGUCAUUCCUCAAGCAUCUCAACAAUGAGCACGCCCUGGACGACAGGAGCACGGCCCAGUGUCGGGUGCAAAUGCAGGUCGUACAACAGCUGGAGCUGCAGCUAGCAAAAGACAAAGAGCGUCUGCAAGCGAUGAUGACGCAUCUUCAUGUCAAGUCCACAGAGCCCAAAGCCACCCCGCAGCCGCUCAACCUCGUGUCCAGCGUCACGUUGUCCAAGUCGGCCCCCGAGGCCUCUCCUCCACUGAGCCUUCCCCAGACCCCCACCACUCCCACGGCACCGCUCACACCCCUGUCCCAGACCCACUCAGUCAUCACGGCCAACAGCCUCCACGGCGUGGGUCCAAUUCGACGGCGCUAUUCAGAAAAGUACAACAUGCCUAUUUCUCCAGAUCUCAGUCAGAACAAAGAGUUUUAUAUGAACGCAGACGUCAGACCACCAUUCACGUACGCCUCACUAAUAAGACAGGCAAUCCUGGAAUCUCCAGAAAAGCAGCUAACACUAAAUGAAAUCUACAACUGGUUCACACGAAUGUUUGCAUAUUUUAGACGCAACGCAGCAACGUGGAAGAAUGCAGUCCGACAUAAUCUUAGUCUUCACAAGUGUUUUGUGCGAGUAGAAAACGUAAAAGGGGCUGUGUGGACAGUCGACGAAAUAGAGUUCCAAAAGAGACGGCCUCAAAAGAUCAGUGGAAGUCCGGCCCUCGUGAAGAACAUUCAGACUAGCCUGGGCUAUGGUCCAGCUCUCUCUGCUGCCUUCCAGGCUUCAAUGGCAGAAAACAACAUACCUCUAUACACUACUGCUUCCAUUGGAAGUCCCACACUCAACUCCCUGGCCAACGCCAUCCGCGAGGAGAUAAAUGGAGCGAUGGACCAUGGAAACAGCAACGGGAGUGACAGCAGCCCGGGACGCUCGCCCCUGUCAGCUAUGCAUCACAUCAGCGUUAAGGAGGAACCACUGGACCCCGAGGACCACGACGGGCCCCUCUCUUUGGUCACGACGGCCAAUCACAGUCCAGAUUUUGACCACCACAGAGAUUACGACGACGACCACGAUGACAUGCUGUAGGCCCCGCCCCCCUCCCAGCCUCAGAGGCUGAGCCAGUGUGGAUCAUCUGGGAGACAGGAUUGUCCGCAGAAAGCACUGAACUGACGUCUCAGCCACUGAUGACAGCUGUCAGAUGUCUCCAAGCUGACUUUUUUUAGUGCCAUUACAAAAGAACACACGAGAGAGAAAAGAAAGAAAUAAAAAAGGCAGAAAACCCCCUCCUCCCCCCCCCAGACGAGGGGUCCUUUUUGGAUUUCUUUUUACUUUUGAUUCAAGUAUCACUUAAAAAGUGAAAACAAACUGAGUGUGUUGGACGGCUGGGGUCGUGACGCGUUCAGGGUCAGACCCUCGCUGUGCAGCCGCCACAGACUGCCUUCAGCAGACUGCAGGAGGGGUCCUGAGCCCCCCCCACCCAACCCUCUGACACCAUGAACUGAAGACGAGACUUUUCAUUUACACCGUGUGUGUGUGUGUGUGU